AUGGCGACUGCGUGGCCUACAAUCGGGAACCACUCAAUUCCGGUCAACAAUACCACCGGUAUACCAGUUUCGGCAACAGGAAAUCCGGCGAGUACGAGUUCGGCUCCGUCUUCCUCAACAGCGGCUGCUGGCUCGAACACCUCUGAGGUACUGUUCAAUCCCCAGAACCAAUCAAAUCCCUACUAUUUACAUGUUAAUGAGAAUCCAGCCCUAGAAUUGGUUCCAUUCCCCUUAGAUGGCUCCAAUUACCACACAUGGGCAAGAGCCAUGACUAUGGCGUUGUCUUGCAAGAAUAAGAUUGCCUUCGUCAAUGGAGCAAUCAAGAAACCUUCUACAGAUAACCUAGAAAGAUAUAUGGCCUGGGAAAGGUGCAACAACAUAGUUGCCUCCUGGAUAGUUCGUUCCCUUUCUCCAAUGAUUGGGAGGAGUGUGAUGUGGAUAGAUACAACCUAUGGUAUCUGGAAUGACCUAAAACAGAGGUUUAGCAAACAAGACCUGUUUAGAAUUGCUGAGAUUAAAUGUGAGAUCUAUCAAACCAAACAGGGAGAUAACUCACUGAACGAAUACUUUACUAAGCAGAAAUUAAUGUGGGAUGAACUGAGUAUUCUUAGACCUACAAUGUACUGCAUUUGUCCUAUCAAGUGCGAUUGUGGGAAGAAGAUUGAUGGUCUCAAUGAGCAGCUUGAAAUGGAUAAACUAUCCAUUUUUUUUUAUUGGACUGCAUGA